AUGGAAAAUUCGGCUGCUAUGAAUGCUUAUACUAUCAAUCCAUCUGAUGAAGAAUCUAAAAAGGCAACUGCGCCACCCCCUCCCAUGGAACCUAUAUCACAAGCAGCGCCAGUACCUACCCCGGUAGCUGUAUCUAAUUACAUGCCUCCUGCUUACCAGUAUUAUCCUAAUCAAUAUAAUCCUUAUCAAUAUUAUCCAAAUCAAAUGUAUCCAACUAUAAACUAUCCUAAUCAAAGCUACACAGAUGUAAACCGCCCUUAUCAAAACCAGCCAAAUCGAAUUUUGCCGGUAGCAAGCGCGCAACAAGAGGACAUACGCAAAAUCAAUGACUGGUUGCCAUGGUCUAUUAUUAGUCUAUGCGUUGGAGGGUUACUAAUUGGUGUUAUCCCGUUGAUAUUUUCUCUUGUUUGCCGAAGUAAAAAAGGAAAAAAUGAUGUUAAAGGCGCGCGAACAAUGAGCAAGUUGGCAUUAGUGUUCAACGUCAUAGUUACAGUAUUGGCUUUAGCUGCAUCAAUUGCUCUUGUUGUUUAUUUAGCAUUCUUUUGGAAACGAGACCAAAUUGUUUAUUAUGGCAAAUAA